UUUUUUUUUUUUUUUCCUGACAAGUAUAUAUCGGUGGUGUGUUUACUGUUAGCUAGUCAGAGGUCUUGUUUUUGUCAUCACCUGGAAAUCAAAAUGUCCCGGCAAUGUAACAGUCUACACUGUUUGCCAUAACUAUUCGAGGACAGAUAUUGUAGAAGACACUAAUAAACUUUGUCAGGAUACUGAUUAAUUUUUCUCCAAGUUUUUUUUGUUUUUUUUUUUUUGUUGUUUUGUUUUUCCUCCACUUGCAGCUGAGGAAGCUUCAUCUGGGAACCUCUGAAUAAGGUCAUCUUAAAGUUUAGACAAGGUCCACGUUGAAGGAGACAGCCAUGGUGUUGAUUCUGGGCAGAAGGAUGAACAGGGAGGAGUCAGGGAUCAGAGACUCACCAGCUGUCAAACGCAAGGUGUUUGAGGUUGACUCCAAAACCUUAGCCAGCCAAGAUGUGUUGGACUUCUGUUCAGGCUCGUCCCACUCAGAGGGCAUCCUGCAGGUCUUCAAUGAAUUUCGCGACUGUCGCCUGUUCACUGAUGUUGUGAUCAGCGUGCAGGGACGUGAGUUCCCCUGCCAUCGCGCUGUGCUCUCUGCCUGCUCUUCCUACUUCAGAGCGAUGUUCUGCAACGAUCAUCGUGAGAGUCGUGAAAUGCUGGUCGAGAUCAACGGCAUCCUGGCUGAGGCGAUGGACUCCUUCCUCACCUAUGUUUACACCGGCCGCGCUAAGAUUACCACCGAGAACGUCCAGUUCCUCUUUGAGACCUCCAGCCUCUUCCAGAUCACCACGCUGCGUGAUGCGUGCGCAAAGUUCCUGGAGGCCCAGCUGGACCCGUGCAACUGCCUGGGCAUCCAGCGUUUCGCAGAUGCCCAUUCUCUGAAGCAGCUAGCCAGCCGCUGCCGCACUUACGCCCUGGCAAACUUCUCAGAGGUGGCUCAGCACGAGGAGUUCCUUGACCUACGCAGAGAAGAGCUGGAAGAGUACAUUGACAGUGAUGAGUUGUCCAUUGGUAAGGAAGAGGUGGUGUUUGAGGCGGUGAUGCGAUGGGUGUACAACAAUGUGGAGCACAGAAGACCCAUGCUGAAGGCCCUGCUGCAUCAUGUGCGCCUGCCCCUUCUACACCCCAACUACUUUGUCCAGACAGUGGAGGGAGACCAGCUCAUCCAGAAUGCUCCUGAGUGCUACCAGCUUCUCCACGAGGCCAGACGCUACCACGUGCUUGGAAAUGAAAUGAUGUCACCGAGAACUCGUCCACGCAGGUCCACUGGCUACUCUGAGGUGAUUGUGGUGGUGGGAGGUUGUGAGAGAGUGGGAGGCUUCAACCUGCCUUACACUGAAUGCUAUGAUCCAGUCACAGGCGAGUGGAAAUCACUGGCCAAGCUACCUGAGUUUACCAAGUCAGAAUAUGCUGUCUGUGCCCUCCGCAAUGACAUUCUGGUGUCAGGGGGUCGCAUCAACAGCAGGGACGUGUGGAUGUACAACUCACAGCUCAACCUGUGGAUCAGAGUGGCUUCUCUUAACAAAGGCCGCUGGAGACACAAGAUGGGUGUCCUUUUGGGCAAGGUCUAUGCUGUAGGUGGCUACGAUGGGCAGAGCCGCCUGAGCAGCGUGGAGUGUUACGACUCCUUCUCCAACCGCUGGACGGAAGUGGCUCCCAUGAAAGAGGCCGUCAGCUCUCCAGCUGUGGCGAGCUGCGCUGGCAAGCUCUUUGUCAUAGGAGGAGGGCCCGACGACGACACUUGUUCAGACAAGGUUCAGUGCUAUGAUCCAGAGACAGACUCCUGGUUACUGCGGGCCAACAUCCCCAUCGCCAAGCGUUGUAUCACAGCAGUGUCCCUCAAUAAUCUGAUCUACGUGUGCGGUGGUCUCACCAAGUCCAUAUUCUGCUACGACCCUGCACAGGACUACUGGAUACACGUGGUUCACACCUUUAACAAACAGGAGAGCUGUGGCAUGUCAGUGUGCAACGGAAAGAUCUUCAUUCUGGGUGGAAGAGGGGAAAAUGGGGAAGCAACCGACACCAUCCUGUGUUAUGACCCAGCAACAGGCAUCAUCACGGGGGUGGCAGCAAUGCCACGACCAAUCUCCUAUCAUGGCUGUGUAACCAUCCACCGCUACAAUGACAAGUAUCACAGGCCCUGACCAUAAACAGACAUGCACACACACACACAUACACACACACACACACCAUGCACAGCACAAACCCAAUCACAUCUUCCUUAAAACGGGCACAUUUAAGUAGUUCAGUUCACAGUACCCUUGAGCUAAUUUAUAUUCUCACGGCAUCAUGUAGCAACACUCAUGCUCUGAAUCUUUUACUAUUCUGUACAGUAGUUAUAACCCUUCAGUGGAAAUGCUCAGUGGUUGAUGAUGCCAAUGUAACUUGAAAUAAAGAGGAGUCAGGUCAACUUGGCAGACAUGCCUUGCAUUAGAAAUAACUGUACAACAUUGGGAAGUAAUGAUAUGGCACAAUAAGAAGCAAUGAUGAUAGUUGCUAUUAAUCUGAUAUUUGAAAACAUGCAGGAUGACUUGUUGUAUUACUAAAAAUAAAUAUUGCAGUUAUUGUGUUGUUGUAGCCCUGGGAUCUAUGGUAACAUUCUAAACUCAAGGAUGAUUUACUGAGCAUUUCAUUGAGCUUUCAACCAUAUUCUUACAAUGGAAGCUUCAGGCUUAUGCGUUGUGAUGACACUUGAGCAAAAUCCUGAAGUAUGCUGAGGAAAGCCAUGGUUUAUGGUUGGAAACUCCCUGAAGAGUGUAAAGUAAGGAAGUAAGUAAAUUUUAGCACAUAUACUGCAAUAUUUGUACAUGUUCAAACAAAAUUGAGCAUACAUCUCGAAAUGACAAUGAGCAAAUCAUUUGCUCACCUAACUGCAUAUUUUAUGGAUUUAAUACAAACAUUUUCAUUCUAAUUUUAUUCUGUAAAGGGCUAAAACUCAUAAUAAAAUGACUCAGCUUUGAUAAUUGUUGUCAUAGUGAUACCGAUUACAGGCAGGUAAUCAGUUGGACAGUGAACCUUCUGUCACUGUGCUUUUAUUACUGUGUAAAGUAACCUCACCCUGAGAUCUAGGUCACUGUUGAGCUGAUCACAGAUCGUGUUGAUGAACAAAAGCAGUGCCUUAAGACAAAAUUGAAUGAACCAAGAAUGAUCUGCCAGCUGAUUAAAUAUAGUUUUGACUGACAGCCAGGUCAGAUUUCUUGUACCCACUGCACGUGCCAAGUGCACAAGUGGUAAAGAACAUAAAAAAAAAAUAGUUUUAAUCCUUUCCUUGAUGUUUAAAAUGGCCUGAUAAACAUGUGGUAAACAGUCAGUCAGCUGCUCUCCCACAGUGUCGAUGUUCACAAAGACAAGUUGUUCCUGCCCGUUGACCCACAGCAGGGUUAAGAGAAGAGUUAAAGAGCAGAGGCUGUAUCAAAAUAUUGGAACCUAGCCACUGUUAACUCUGCUCCCUUGUUUCCUUUUUCCUUGCUUCCCACCACGCAUCACCUAAUUCCACUUCCCAUGUGUGUUUCCCCUUUCCCAGCUGGGUCAUCACCUCACAUUUUCUAUGUUGAUACAUUGAUAAGUUUUAUUUUGCUCCAUUAUGAUCAUUAUUAUUAUUGUUAUUACACUCAUUACUGACUUUUUAUUUUUUAUUUUAAGUUAUACUUGUUUGUCUUUUUUUAUAUUUGAAUGUUCAAUGUAUACAUAGCUUUAGUGUGUCUGUUUCAUAUCAAUGUUAGUUCAUUGGUGUACUGGGCUUGUGGGUGGUUUUAUAGAUGUGAGAAGCCUUUGUAGAUCAAACUCGAAUAAGUGGUGUGCUUGUUUGGUAUGUAUGUACGUAUGUGUGUGACUUUUACAAUUUGGUCUGCGUGUUGAAGCCAGGGAGGAUAAUCUAGGAGUUCUCGUGUAAGCAUUGCAUUACUGCUAACUUCUGUCAACAGAACUUUUCACACUGAUGGUGACACCUCUCACCUGUGCACUUACAUACAAGAUCUAACUCGGGGUUACCAUAGAUACCUCCAGGUGUGUAUGUGUGUUUACUGAUCAGCUAAAGGUUUAGGUAGGCAUAGCAGUGCUAUACCUCACUCAGGCUGGGGUAGGGGGGGCGGGGUUUAAGAGUUCUGAUUGACAAGGAUUGUGGAUGAUGUGGCUCAUGGUCAGUAAAAGUCACCUUUUACUACAACGGGUGUUGAUAGACUAGAAAUAUUGCUGUGAAUAUAACUUUAAUAGGUUUUCCUUGUUUAACUUCAUAUUUAAAUGUAUCUCUUUCUUGGUUGCUUAUUGUGUUUUUUCUGUAACUGAGAGCCCCAAGUGUGCACUUUGACAGAAUCCUGUUAAAUGUAGAAUUAUAUGACAAUGAUUUCCUUCCUUUUUUUUACUGUAUCAGUAAAUGUUCUUUGCUUUCAUGUGACGUAUGGAAGAGAGAGAGUAAAAGGGCCUGUCAGUUCCUCCUGAUGGCCUCUACCUGCCAUAAUUCUAAUGAGCUAACAACAAACCUGCUACAAGAGAAUAUUGUUAAGAGUAAGUGAGUUUUGUCUAUUAAUUUUUAGGGUGAAAAGCUGGGGACUGACAAGUUUGUAUGUUUCAUACUCUUAAUAAUUUCAUAAUACAUAACAUAAGAACAGUAGAGAUUGUGCUUCUGACUAUUAGACACAUAAGCAAAAACAGGUGGGGACAUUUCAGCCCAAACCAUCCUCCAGGCAUUUUAUCAAACAGAUGAGUUCAGUGUCGGGUUUUCAACAGUUGUACAUGUACUGAAAGAAAAACAUCCUCAGGCCCAUCCACACUCCUUUGCGUAAUGACACACUUAGUGUAACUCGGGAGGCCAUCAUGAAGAGGCUGAGGGACAAGAAAGUUUGAGUUAUAUAAAUGGCGAGAGAGUGAGAAUUUGAGCAUGUGUGCGUCUGUGAUUUCACUGAGUGUUUACUCAAAAUUGUCUUUUUAUGUUGAUUUAUUGAUUUUUCAGUAGUAGCAACGUAGAGGCUUUCAUACAUUGUUUACUUUGAUAAGAUUUGUUUUUGUUUGUUGUUUUUUUUUUUUCUUUCUCAUUGUGGUGAGUUGUGGGACUGUUUGUUGCUGAGGUAUUUUUGCUCACAAUGCAAUGGCAAGCUGAGCGUUAAAAGUUGAUUGAGGGAGUUAAUAUGAAUGCAGUUGUAAGCCAAAGUGGAUUUGAUUCAAUCCCAAAGGUGACUUAGUUGAAAACUGUCUGGGUAAACUGUGCUCGCAUGCAAGAUGGGGCUUAAACCUGCGUAAUGCUGCCCUGUGUGCCUUGAUAAAAAAAAAAAAUGAUGAGCGGGGGAUUAAACUGUGUCGUUCUGAUAUUAAGUUUUACUGUUGUAUGUAUGAGGUGAUAUUUUAACACCACUUUCUCCUCAGAUGCUUUUCGUCCAACUGCGAGAAAAGUUUGGGUUUUUGUAAACUGCAGUAUGUUAAAAUAUAAUGGUUGACACGUGUAAAAGAAACAUCAAUAAAGUCUUUCUGUCUUUA